AUGAAGUUGUUGUGGACUGUGGCUCUUGUGAUCUUCGUCCUCUUCGUGGUAGAGGCAAAAAAGGUGAGAUUCUAUGUCGUGCAGUUGCUUGUGAUCCUCAAAGACAGUUAUUAUCUCCUUUAGUAAGCAUCAAGCAUUCAUAUUCAUCCUUAUAUCGCUAACUUCUCGAAAAGAUCUCAAAGUUUCAAAUUUUAUUUGAACAUAGCGGAUGGUUGGCUCACGUCGCACUAUUCCAGAAGCAAGUAGAACCUCAUGACAAUCGAAAUUGUCCUCAACGUGGCAAUUUUGACAUCGGUCGUAAAGGCGUCCCUAAUACCUUCGAUGCCUCCGCUUAUGACAGAUCAAGAUUUUCUCCAAGUGAAUUAUAUUGUAGUUUUCAGACUUGCGGUUCAUUUGAAAGCGAUCGAUAAUGGAAAUAUAUUUGUUGAAAGAAUACUAAUCAAUUUUGCAGACAGCGACGUUUUUAGUCCGCUGUCCUGUGUCGAGAUGUGAUAUUAUUUCAAUUGUUUUUUGCGGAGGUGAUCCUUGCUCUCCGAAUUCCAGUGCUUCCAUCGGUGGAAUAACUUUGCCUUCCCGAAUUUUUAAAGCCACAUUUGGCCAAAACUGUUUUCAUGUUGCUCUUAGGUUAAAUAAGUUAUUUGGGGAUGUUCCAAAAAGUGUCAAUGUUUCAAACAAUGUGUCUUUGUUUACGAGGAACAAGACAAAUAACAGAGGGAGUCAAGGGUCGAUUAUUUUACUUGUGAAUGCGCGAUGUUCGAUUGUACGACCAUAGUCAACCCAGGCUCUGUGUUUUUCUCAAGAUACUGUGGCAAUACAGGGUUUCUGUUGGGUUAAAUUGAGGUCUGGAAAUUUGUAAAAAACACUAGUGAGAAUCAAUGAAAUUCACUAUGUGGUUACCUAUGGUUGCAUUUAUGGUUGAUGCAUCAAUUUUUAUCUAUGAGGAAUUAUGGGUAAUGGAAGAGAACCAUGGUAUGUUUCAUCAAUUUCUUGGACAAUUUCUUACCACUUUUCAGACCUGAACUUUGCACUGUAAAAACAAUGUUACCAUAUUUGAUAAUUAUUCAUAAAUUUUGGACAACAGGACAGGAUUCAAGAACUGAAAAAGUGGGCUCAUUGGAAUCAGAUAAAGAAGGCUGUUCUACAGGAACGCUUGCCAACGGCCCGUAAGUUUUUUAAAAGACUGACAUUGACUAGCUCAAGGGGAAAAUGUAAGAAUUAAUCUAUAGAUGAAAUGGGCGUUUGGUAAUCACCAAAGUGAUAUAUCUCUGAAAAAAAUAGGAAACAAAAGGUUGCAUUUUUUCCAAGAGUGGAUGAGAGAGAACAGUAAAUAGAAGUAUCCAUUUUGUUUUUAGUAGGAUUAGAUGUGGAUCCUGUCUAGCCUUAAACACAUCAGCAUAGUACUAAAAAAUAUCACUAACAAUGAAAAUGAAUGACUGUGAAUAUAUGAAAAUCAUAGAUGUGACCUGCAAACAAAAAAAGAAUAUGAAAGUGAUCUUUGUGGCAACUGCUUAAGUAAAGUCCACUAUAUUAGAGAAAAAAUAAAAAAGAAACCCUUCAUUUCCACUAUUGGGCAGCCUGUGUAAGAGAUGGUUUGAUCCUUUAACUCCCAAAAGUGAUGAACACAUACCUUCUCCCUUUAAUAUCUAAACAUUAUCUGGCAAAUAGGUCAUGAGAAUACUCAAACUUAUCAGGCACAAGUUGCCAUCUUGAUCUAACACUAAAUUCUCAUAACUUUUUUAAAAGAAAAUAUGUAACAGUUACAGGAAAGACUUAACAUUCAGAUCUUGGUAGUUAAAGGUUUAAUCCAAAUUUUGACUUUUAGUAUUAUGUGUUUACAGUGUAUUUUGUAUUGUUAUUUUGAAACUGUGAUUUCUAUCUUGAUAAGGAACACUUAAUUACCCAGCUUAUCAUGAUGAUAACUGUCUUUUCAUAUAUGUUCUUCAGCUGACACAGAAAACUGCACAGCUUUGCCAGACCGUCUGUUGGAUUGGUUCCAUGUCUUGCGUGCAAUGCACAUCAGGGAGGAGCAGAAGAAGAAUGGUGAUUUUGAAUCACAAAGGCCUGGAGAGGCAAUUCCACACUUGAAACUGAGGGAAGCAAAGAUGCCUUUUCCAUCAGGUGUGCAACCAGAUAAUGAACUUAGAUCUGGUCAUUUUAUAUUUCCACUGUGAUUUCUCUUCUGUGUUUUUUUAAUAAUUUUGUGGAUUGUCUUCAUGCAUUGUUUUUCUAGUGGGUAAGUUAGCAUGAGAAUUAAGUUGCCUUGUUGAUAGGAAAUUUUUUAAACCAAAAAGAGAAGAAAACUUUUUUCUGGUAUUCAACUGUGCUUGCCUUUAAAUUUUAUUAUCAUUCAAAUUCUUGUAGCUACAGCUGUCUUUGUUUCUGUUGAGGGAUUACCUCCAAAUGUUUGUGAAUGUCACCUCCUAUUUUUUCCAUUGGAAAUGCAGAUAAGCUAUUCCUAAUUUUGUGAUUGAAUAUAUGUGUCUUUUUCAAUAUGUUAAGGCUCUGAUCAAAGUGUCAUCCGAGAGCCAAUUAGUUCUGUGUUCCGUCUUGUGUUGGAUAAAAACCAUGAUGGUGUGUUGGAUGAGUCUGAACUGGAAGUCAUUUACGACAUUGCAACAGAGCCUUGCAUAAAAAAGUUCUUCAAGAAUUGUGCCAAUGAGAAGGAGACCUUUACUGAAGCUGAGUUUUGCAGUUGUUUCAUAUCUGUUGGUAAAUGGAGAUUUUCUCUGGAUUUUUAAUAAAUAAAGGGAGUAGAAGUAUUGGUACCAGAAAGUAACUCUGAGCAUAUUUAUAUGCUAGAUGGGAAUUAUUUUGUGCAUACUGCUAUGUUUUGAAAAUAAUAAUUUGGAUUAAUUAUAAGUUGAUGAUUAUUAGUUGUGGCCCAGGUGCAGUAACAAGUCUAGAACAAAUUACAUGUAAAAAAAUUAUAAAUUUGAAAAAAAAAAACUAUUUAUGCCAAAGCAUCAGAAGAAAGUCAAGAAUAUAACUAAAGACAAGUCAUUCUUGAUUGCCCUUACUGUUUCAUGCAUCAAAUGUUUAAAUGUUCAAAUCAGUCUACAUUGUUUUUUAGAACCACCAUGCUUGCACAGGCUGCGUAAACACCUACCAGCUCUUCUCAUCAGAGGAGAAGCACAUGUCCUGCCUGGUGUUUACACUCCCUCUUGUGACGAAGAUGGCUUUUAUUUGCCUCGUCAAUGCAGAGCUGCAGACCGUCAGGGAAUAAAGGAAUGUUGGUGUGUGGACCGACAUGGCAGCAAAAUUGAAGGUGUUUCAGAUUGUGGUGGGUAUUCUGAGAUGUGUGUCUGGUUGUAUGGUUGGAGGUUUCAUAAUUUUCUUUUUCCAUAUGGUCAUGAAGCACUCAGCUAUGAGCAGUUAGUAACAUGGGGGAAUGUGCUGAUAAAUCAUCUCCUUAAUGCUACAGGACAUUUUUUUGUUUAUUGUUUUAAAUUUAUCCAGUUUUCACCUAGUAAGAGCACAGUAAAUUGCCUUGUAUAGUUUACUAAGUUUGCAAUAAUUUGCACUUAAGAAAAAUAUCUCUGUUAUUUUUUACACCAGCAUUCCAAAGGACAUUAACUUACAAUUCUUUCAGUUUGAAUUAUGUUGUCUAGAGCCAAAAACAUGUUAAUUCGAUUUUAGCUCAGCAGGGAAAGUUUUUUAGGUGUACUGAUUUUUGCCAACUCAUCAAACAGAUAUCAGGGAUGGGAUUCUUCAACUAUGAAAUCCCACAUCACCAUCUCAACACUUUAGGUUUUUUUUAUCUUUUAAAAUUGCCAGAAAAGGAAUCACAUACAACCAAGGAAAUCCAUUGACAUUUUCACAUACAAAAUGUGAAUUAUUCAACAUUAUUCAAUCAGGAAAUUGUAAGAAUAUGCUUAUAGUGAAUAAUAUUUUUAUCUUUUUCAGUGGAUAACACAGAACCGACUAAGAGAGAAGAAUAGAGGAGAA